AUGAUGAUGAACCAUUAUCAACUAAACCAACAGAACAAAAGAAAGAAGAACCAAAGAAGGAAGAAUCUCCAAAGCCAGCAAAGAAGUCGCUCUUCGACGAAGACGAGCCACUCUCUGCUUCACCAAAACCAGCUGAACAAAAGAAGGAAGAAACACCAAAACCAGCCAAGAAAUCAUUAUUUGAUGAUGACGAAGACGAAGCACCAAAGGCCAAACUAG